UCCUCACUGCUGGUCCUCCAGAGCCGCUGUCCUGCAGGUUUCUGAUGUUUCCCUGCAUCAACACACCUCAUUCUAAUUAGUGGUCAUCACCAAUCUUCCCUCUGCAGCAGAGGUCUCGGAGCCGCCGGAGAGAGCUCCACGUCCAGGCAGCACCGCGGGUUCCCGUGAAGCUCCGGGGACUGUAGCACCGAGGGAACUGGACCUGGAUCUGGACCUGGAUCUGGAUCUGGAUCUGGACCUGGAUCUGGAUCUGCAUCUGGAUCUGCUUUAGUCGCCUCCACCUGCAGGAUUCCAGGAGAACACGCACGCACGGACGGGAGGGCGGGGACGCGGCGCACCCGCGCGGGGCUGUUCCUGCCCGUCCCGCUGUCGGCCAUGUGGAGACGCGGGUCCGGAUGAUCCGCGGGACCCGGCGAACCUGGACCGGAGGAGCUGCAGAGAGAUCCGCGGAGAGAUCCGCGGAGAGCAGGGCGGAAUGACGGGACAUUUGCAUCUGCUGCUGCUGGUCCUGAGCGCCGUGGCCGUCCGGGGGCUCCCCACCACCCUGCCGGGACACGGAGACACCAGCCCGAGGGGCGGCGGGGGCGCACACCCGGAGGUCCCACCAGAGGACGGUGGAGGAGACAAUGGUGGGGAGCUGGAACGGCUCCAGCAGGAGAACCUGCCGUCCCCGUCCCGUCCCCCAUCCAGACACCGCUGGUCCCAGCAGGGCGUCCUGCCUGCACCUGUACCCGAGGAACAGCCCUUCAUCCUGGAUCUGAAGAACUUCCCAGAGCUGGGCCACGCAGACGUGAGCUCCCAGAACCCCAACAUUCAGGUGACCAUCGAGGUGGUGGAGGACCCUCCCACCGAGACACAGGUGGAGAUGGACCUGGCCAAGGAGAGCCAGCGCAACAACUGGUCCGUGCAGUCGGCAGAGUGGAUCAACAGUCACAAGAAGCUGUUCUGGCCGCUGUUCUGGGAGCAGCUGGAGAACGGGCUGGGAGAGAGCGUCUCCCAGUACCUGUUCCAGGACUAUAGCUACGGUGCAGAGGACCAUGUCCUGAGUGGAGCGGAGGAAAACUGGGGCCAGUGGAACAAAGACAGGGAUAGAUUUGAGUACGAGGACUGGAGCGACUGGGCUCCGUGCAGCGUCACCUGUGGACUCGGAACCCAGAAACGGACCCGGUCCUGCGGCUACGCCUGCACCGCCACCGAGUCCCGCACCUGCGACCGGGACCACUGCUCCAAUGCAGCGAUGACAGACACAGAGUUUCUGCCCCUGCAAACGACCACAAGCACCGAGUCGCAUGUGGACAGCUGUGAGAAGUGGCUGAGCUGCAAGACGGACUUCCUGCAGAAAUACCUGCAGCUGGUGCUGACCCAGCUGCCCAGCUGCCCCUGCUCCUACCCGUCCGAGGCCGUGUACAGCGCCGUCAACAUCCAGGACGCCCGGCUGCACCGGACCUUCCGCUGGAGGGACGCCAGCGGCCCCAAGGAGCGUCUGGACAUCUACAAGCCCUCGGCCCGGUUCUGCAUCCGCUCCAUGCUGUCGUAUGACAGCAGCACGCUGGCGGCGCAGCACUGCUGCUACGACGAACGCAUGAGGCUGAUCACGCGCGGGAAAGGGGCGGGAGCGCCCGACCUGAUCAGCACCGAGUUCUCCCCGGACCUGCACUACAAGGUGGACGUCCUGCCCUGGAUCCUCUGCAAGGGGGACUGGAGCCGGUUCCACUCCGUCAGGCCGCCCAACAACGGGCUGGGCUGCCAGGAGAACCCGCCAGAACCCGUGUUCCAGGUGGAGCUGCAGGAGGCUGGGGAGUACUGACCCGGUCCUGCCGUCCCAGUCCAGCCUCCUGGGUCCACCCUGGACGGCUGUCCUCAUUCUCUUCCUCUUUGAUAGAAAGACUGGUCUGGUUCCUCUAGAUCGGGCUCUGAUUUCCAGGAGGCGGGACCGACAAACUGUCGCUGGACGCCAUUGGACAGACAAACAACCAAUCAGAGAAACAAACAUGGGCAGAUCUAGAACCGUCCUGAUCACGGGAAACAUCCAGCAUGUCUGCAGGGACGCAGGGACGCAGGUGGACGCUAGUGGAAGCUGGUGGACGCUGGUGGACGCCAGUGGA